GUUUCGUUGGUUUCGACACGGCUCGUACGGUACGGGACGGCCAAGAAUAGCAAAGAGCACGCGAAUCUAGCCGUCCUGUAACUGAGUCUGGUGAAGGCGACCGACCGCUCCCUUCGUGGUCCGUCAGAACGAAUUUUAACGUAUAUAUUUUUGUAGAAAAACACGGGAUUCGCGAUCAACUCGUAUAUGGAGGUAAGAAGCAGAAAACGGUCGUUUCAGCGUGUCGAAUCACGCAAAGUGAACUGAAGUGUAGUGGCCUCGGCGAAGUGGAAAUCCAAAAGCGCAGAGAAGAGAGAGAGAGAAAGUGAGAGAAAAAGAGAGAGAGAGUGGGAAGAAGAGAAAGAAAGAGAAGAGGAGAUCGUGCGAAGUGGUUAUAAAGUUCUUUGAGUGCAGUCGUGCGUGUUUUCGGGCAAUGUCUCUCGAAAGUCGUUCGAGUUCAGCCCUAUUUAAAAGGGCUGAACAGCUGAAACGUUGGGAACAGUCCGAAACAAAUCGUGAACCGGCCCAACCACGUCAAGUCGCACGGAAGAUCAAGUUCUCUGCGGAUUGUGUAUUCCUGGCAGCAUGCGCGGCAGGCGACAAAGAGGAGGUCAUACGUUUACUCCAAAAGGGGGCGGAUAUCAACACCGGAAAUGUUGACGGACUCACAGCAUUACAUCAGGCUUGUAUCAAUGAUGAUCUGGAUAUGGUCGAGUUUUUAGUGGAACAAGGAGCUGAUAUCAAUUGUGGUGAUAACGAGGGAUGGACACCACUGCAUGCAACUGCAUCUUGUGGAUUUAUAUCCAUUGCAAAAUAUUUAAUAGAAAAAGGAUGUAAUUUAGGAGCAGUCAACUAUGACGGUCAGUUAGCUCUUGAUAUAGCACAAACUGAUGAAAUGGAAGAUAUGCUGCAACAACAUAUAAAUAAAGCUGGUAUAGAUUGUGAUCAUGCUAGAAGUGAAGAAGAAAGGUCAAUGUUGAAUGAUGCUAGAGCAUGGCAGGCAGGAGCAGCAGGCAAGGACGCAAUUCAUCCUAAAUCAGGAGCUACUGCACUUCAUGUUGCUGCUGCAAAGGGUUAUGUUGAUGUUAUGGAAAUCUUACUACAGGCUAGAUGCGAUGUCAAUGCCCAAGAUUUUGAUGGUUGGACACCUUUACAUGCUGCUGCACAUUGGGGUCAAUUAGAAGCUUGUGAACUUUUAGUGGAAAAUUUUUGUAAUAUGGACAUUAAGAAUUAUGCUGAUCAAACUGCAUUUGAUAUUGCUGAUACCAAUAUAUUAUCAGCCUUAAAGGAACUGAAGGCAAAACAACAACAGUUAAUGAAAGAUCAUCCACAAAUUAUUAAUAAAAAACAACCAACUAUACCAAAGAAACGUGUAUCAACAAGUAAUGAAAAUACUAUAGUUACGCAAGAAUCUGUGGAAACAUUUGAAGAAGAAACGCCAAAUAAAGUUAAAAAAGUUGAAUUAGAAAUUCAGUCUGAUAAAGAAGAUUCUAGUACUGGAACAAAUAGUGAUGUUGCAAUUUGUAUUUCUUGUAACAAUGCUGCAUGGACAGAAGCGACACGUGAAACAGAUAUGGAAGAGAGUGAUGAUGAAGGUGAAUCUGAGACUAGCUCAGACUCACAUUCUUCCACUUACUCCAAUCAAUCUGAUAAGUCUAACGAAUCAAACCACUCUCCAUGUCUUACAGAUGAUGAAAAGAAAAAUAGAGCGAAUAGGGAAGAAACAUCUCCGCGUAAUUCGUCGUCUCCUGUCGAAGUUAAUAAAGUUCCUAAUCAGGCUCCAGUAAUGCCUCCAAAGCAACAGACUGAUAAUAACGAAGAAGGAGUUAUACCAUCCUGGAGGCGUUCAGGCUCUUUCAGAAAUAGAAUACAAAACACAGAAACAACAAAUACUGUACCUACAAGACUUGAAGAAAAAGAUAAAAAUAUUAUAUCACCAACAAUACCAAACAAAUUGAACACAGAACCCGAUGUGGUAUUGACAAGAACACAUAGUUUUGAGACAGAUGAAAAGUUCUAUGAGCAGUACAUGGCAUUACGAGCUCGCAUCAAGGCGUUUUCCUGCCCUACUCUCCAUUGCUGCAAUGCAGCUACUCCUACUCACACCAAUACUACGACCCGUUCUGCAUCUCUACGCGAAACCUACAGAAGAAAAGAAGCAAAAUUAAACUUGGAACUAUCAAGACUGCCACAAGGAAGCAAUACACUUUCACCAACAUCUACAUCUAAAACAAUAGUGUCAAGUACACUGCCAACUACUACAGCUACAGCUACUACAACUGCCACAACAACAACAACUACAACAAGUCCUAUUCCAACCAAUCAAAUUCGCAGUGUUCAACCAGUGGAAGGUACAACUACAAACAAUUCAGUAGCAGUUCCUGGAACUCCCACUACACCAGGAGGGAGCAAACUAAGUCCAGGAAAUAUCUUCAAGAAUUUCUUCAAAUCUUUUGUUCCUCCGGUUCGUGAUGAAGAAAGUGAAACACAGAGAAAAGCACACGCGAAGAGAGUGAGGGAAACUCGACGUUCGACUCAGGGUGUAACGUUAGAUGAAAUCAAAAGCGCAGAACAAUUAGUGAAGAAAAAGCAACAAAAUAAUGAAAUUCCUACUACAAUAUCUUCUACGCAGCCUGCAACUACUACCAGCAAUACAGCCUCAAUUACAGCUACAAUAACAACAGCAACUCCUACUACUGUGACUACAAAUAAAUCCUCUGAAGAACUUAAUUUGCCUGAAAGGCGGCCUUCGUGGAGGUUAAAAGUAGAUAAUGGGAGCAAGUUCCAAUUAGAAGACGCCAAUAACAGAACCACCAUGGUACCUAAUCCUGAUACUACUACAGCAUAUAUGAGAAGACCUUCCACAGGUGCUAGUAUACCAAGACCGUCGUCAGCUCCCGUUGAAACUAUUGCAACAAGCAGUGCCGAAACAACCGUAACAUUACCACUUAGACGACCAUUGAAGCAACCUGAAGAUAAAGAACAAGAUAAGGAAAAUGAUAGCAGAAAUGCACAAGCUACACAAGCUGUGAUACAAAGGAGACGGAGACCCAAAAGAAGAUCUACAGGCGUUGUUCACGUUGAUAUGGACGAAAUUGAUCCUGAAAAACAAGACUUAACUGCCGGAGGUGAUUGUGACGAGAACAAAAUUAACCAUGAGAGUGGAAAUGAUCGUUCUGGAAGAUCUAAUAGACUAGGAUCUAUAUCUUCGUUAUCAUCGGAGGCACCUUCUAUGUCGACUAGAAUAAAAUCUACAACAUCUGAAAACGGUGAACUAGAUUACAAAAAAUUAUACGAAGAAUCUCAAGCAGAAAAUGAAAGACUUAAAGAAAAACUUAGGCGGUCGGAUGAACAAUUGAAAGAAGUCAGAAAUUUAUUGGACAAAGCGCAAAGCACACAAAAUAAGACCGUUCUAUCUGAAGCUGAGAAAAGGGAAAGGAGAGCGAUGGAAAGGAAAUUGUCGGAAAUGGAGGAAGAAUUGAAGGUAAUGGACCAACUAAAAUGUGAAAAUCAGAGGCUAAAAGAUGAAAAUGGUGCCUUGAUCAGAGUAAUCAGCAAAUUAUCAAAAUAACUCCAGUGGUCUUAAAAGAAGGCUGUAUAGCGUUUCUUAUGUUGCAUUACAAUUGCAUUGAAUGAAUUGUUUUAGCUAUAAAAUAUCAUGAUCAUUAUUGCUAGUAUUCUUACAAUGUAUAUUACAUCAUCACAUAUUGAUGAAUUUAUUCUUAUGCUAGUAAUUUAAUUUAUUAUCAAAUUACUCGCGUGGCUGUGCCAAGAGCGAAAAGAGACAUUGCUCCUAUUCUUAGAAUUGUGAAUAGUUGACCAUAAAGGAUCUAGAAUUUUUACUUUCUCACAUUUAACUCUUCCUCUCGAAGAUAAAUUUCAUGGUUCAUUUUAGAGCCGUCACUUUAUAAAGCAAAAUGUACUUCGUUCAAAUUAUUGAAAAAACAAACGUUCUUUACGACAGUUUUUUUUUAAAGAACUCACGUUAUUAAUGUUGACUCUUUAUAAGGACAUUUUGUAAAUAUUUAAUAGAUAAUGAUAAUGUGGCAUUUUAGAGUUAAAUAAGGACAAAAUUUUUUACUUUCAAAAAACACGUCAGAAAUAUAUAUAUAUCAAAUUUAUUGUAUAAACUUGUUUCCAUAAUUGUAAUGCAAGCGAAAACAUUCGUCACGUAUUACAAGACUAAGUAGAACAAUAAAAGGAAGUAAAUUAA